ACACGUGGAUCGUGGCCGAGGUACCGUUUUGCCGAUUGCCGUUCUCGCGAACAGAAAAGAGUCGAUCCGAGUGCCCGAGGGACGACCGGCAAAGCCCAAGGGGAGGACGGACCGACACUCUGCAUUGCCGCCAGAGGAGACGACCGCCGACGAGGGUCAUUGAUAGACAUCACCCGGGUCAUAGCGAGCGGGGGAACAUCGAAUCUUACACAGUCAAGAGGAAGCACUGAAAGAUCGUCAAUUACCAAACCAGGGUGCGUGUAGUCCUCGGAUCAAAUUUUCUUUGACGUUCUUUGAGCUAGAAAGUGAGCAAACAUGGCAACUAAUAUUUGGGACUCGGAAUCCGAAAUAUGCAAUGGGGGACAUCUGGAGAAGACGAAUUACUCCCAAGCUAUUUCAGCGAUCGCUAAAGAUGCAAAAAGCGCACAGAAAGGAUACAAAGUCCAUAAGAAGAUCGAGGAGUGGUUUGGCUUCAAGGAUGAGCUCAAGUGGACGCAUAUUAUGCAAGCGAUUAUACUUCAUAUAUGUGCACUGUACACCUUGUACGCCGUAAACAUUUUCGAAAACAUUACAACAUUUACCUGGACAAUCUUCCUGCUCGUGAUACAAGUGAUCGGUGUCACUGGUGGAGUUCAUCGUCUUUGGUCACAUCGAGCUUAUAAAGCCAAAUUACCGCUUCGAAUUCUGAUUCUCAUUUUCUACCUCAUAUCUGGCCAGCUUAGGGUUUUCGAUUGGGUGCGAAAUCAUCGGGUGCAUCACAAAUAUCCGGACACAGACGCGGAUCCGCACAACAGUAAUCGUGGGUUCUUCUUCUCUCACAUGGGCUGGUUGAUGAUGAAAAAGAAACCAGAAGUGAUUCGAGAAGGUCGUGAGAUUGAUAUGAGCGACAUACUGGCAGAUCCUAUUAUUGUGUUUGUCGAUAAGUAUUUCAUGAUACUUAAACCUAUUUUUUGCUUGGUGCUACCGACAAUGGUGCCGGUUUAUGGAUGGAAUGAAACUUGGAUCAGGUCGAUCUACAUACAAAUAUUUCGCUACGUAUUAGGCAAUCAUUUCUUAUUCAUCGUCGGUAGCUUGUCUCACAUGUGGGGUUCGAAGCCGUAUGACGCGGGCAUUAAAGCGACGAACAACAAACUGGUCGCUUUUCUGGCGAUGGGCGAAGGCUGGCAUAAUUACCAUCACGUGUUCCCGUGGGACUACAAAGGGGCUGAAUUUGGUGAUUACAAAUUGAACGUCACGACGAUGUUCAUCGACUUCUUCGCGAAAAUCGGCUGGGCGUACGACUUGAAGCAACCGUCACGACAGCUCGUAAUGUCUGUCAUAGCAAAGAAGGGUGAUGGCAGUCAUCAUAUGUGGGAUUCUGUGCCGCAUCCUGACAACAAGAUCGAAAAAUGAAAGAAUGAUUCAGUCUUAGGAUCAAGUUGCAAAGUCUUCCGUUAUUGAACAAGUUUGACAAGUUAGACUUUAAAAAUCUCGACUGUGCAAUAAUCCUUAUUAGUUACUCGCAACUUUUAUGUUAUGCUGAGAAAUGGGAAAUUUACAUAUAAAAUGCCGUGAUGGUUACUGAUAAUCGAUACAAUGAUAAGAUUAAAUUAAUUAUAGUAAAAUAUUAAUUGCAAUAAGGUAUAAUUAAUAUAUUAAUAUAACAUAUAAUUAAUUGCAUUUGCAAUGUUGA